AUGUCAGAUUCUAGUUUAUUUGUUCGAACUGAUGGAGCUGAUGUUGUUAUUCUACUCUUCUACGUCGACGAUAUUAUCAUUACAGGUUCUAAUUCUCAACAGAUUCAGUCUGUGAUCACAACUCUUAAUGCAGUAUUUGAUCUUAAGGAUAUGGGACGCUUGGCUUAUUUCCUCGGGCUUCAGAUUACAUAUAACUCUAAUGGGGAUCUGUUUAUUAAUCAAGCUAAAUACACUAAAGAUUUGAUUCACAAGGCUGGCAUGGAUGACUGUAAACCAUGUUCCACACCCUGCAAGCCUCAUAAUCAGGUUUUGUCCACUGAAGGUAUCUUAUUAUCAGAUCCCACAUUAUAUCGGAGCUUGGUUGGUGCCUUACAAUACCUCACCUUUACCCGUCCUGAUAUUGCAUUUGCUGUGAAUACUGUGUGUCAAUAUAUGAAUGCUCCCACUGACAUUCAUCUUGCUAUGGUUAAACGAAUACUCCGAUUCCUCCAAGGUACUCUUCAAUGUGGCUUAACAUAUAUUUCUGGAGGUCCACUUACAGUCACUGCCUAUAGUGAUUCCGAUUGGACAGCUGAUUUGAACACUCGCAUAUCUAUCACUGGGUAUGUUGUUUAUCUUGGGCAGAAUCCUGUUUCCUGGCAAUCUAAGAAGCAGUCAUCUAUUUCCCGAAGUUCAACGGAGGCCGAAUAUCGUGCUCUCGCACAUACCACUGCCGAUAUUGCUUGGAUUCGGCUUAUCCUCAAGGAUUUACACGUAUUUGUGCCUUCUUCUCCAGUGCUCUAUUGUGAUAAUCAAUCAGCUAUAGCAUUGAGUUUAAAUCCAGUUCAACACUCUCGGAUCAAAUACUUAAAGACUGAUUUUCAUUUCGUCCGUGAAUGGGUUCAAAAGGGAGAUUUGUCAGUGGAGUAUCUGUGUACUAAGGAUCAGAUUGCUGAUGUGUUGACCAAGGGAUUACAUGGACCAGAUUUUCUACGUCAUUGUUUCAAUCUUAAGCUUGGGUACCCCAGCAAAGAUUGA